CCAAACUGUCCAAAGAAGACUCGAUGAAAACGCGGACGGUCGGGGCGUCAACCGCGUCAAUAAUAGUCAAUGGGUCAAUGGUGCGCGCUACACAGCGGCGAGUGGAUUAGAAAAACAGAAUUCGAUAGUGUUUGGCACAAGUAAUAUAAAAAUGACACAGUCCCACAGACAACUUGAGGAAUUACACAAUUAUUACACAAGAACUGCAGCUAAUAUUAUUACUUACUAUGAAGAUGAUGAGAGAAGAAAGAAAUUGAAAGAACUGAGGGAUAUAGUACAAGAACAUUGUUCACAAUAUGAGAAACUAAAGUCUGCACAAGAUAUAAAAAUUCAUGCAUUUAGUUUGUGUGACAAUAAUAAUGAUAAUGAAAAAAUUGAUAUGGAGUCCAUCAUAAAUGGAUAUGAUCGAGGGAUAUCUGAAAUUAAUGUAGAUGUUACAAGACACCCUAGACUUCUUGAAUUUGAUAAGCAUGUAGAAGCAUUACUAGAUAACGCGAAAGGCUCAAGAUCAGAUCAGGAUGCAGAAUUAGAAUUAUCAGGAGGCUACAUAAAUGUGAUUGAUCCUAUUUCUAAGAAAAGAAUUGUGGAUCCUGUGAAAAACAGUAUAUGUGGUCAUACCUAUGAUCGAGAAAGUAUUACAGAGAUGUUGAAAAUUAAUAAAAAUACCAGAUGUCCAGUCGUAGGCUGCAAAAGUAAGGAGUUUGUUAGACUUACUCAUCUUCGUGCAGAUAUUGUCACCAAGACAUAUCUUGAGAAAAAUAGUUAAUAAUGUUUAAUGAUAGAUAAAUCAUAAUAUUUUUAUACAUUUCUGGAAAUGCUAUUGUCUUCUGCACCGUUUGUAUAAUAGAGUUUUUAUAUUAUACAGUUAAACAAAAAUAAAAACUGCACGUGAUGAUAGGUACCUGAAUAAGUACCUGAAUAAAAUAUAGAUUUGUAUACGUAUGACCUAUCAUGAGAUAUUUUAUGAUUACAAACUUUCUGAAUGUUCUAUUUCAAACUAUUGUUUCAAGUGCGCUGUACUUUAAAAUUAUACAUCUGAAAAUGCAAUAGACGCGCUGUAAUGUGUGCCAUAUUUAGGAGUACUUAGUUUUGUAUAAAGACGUAAUAUAGAUAUAAAUAUAGUAGCUCUAAGUGUUGGAGACGAAUAGGAUAUUUCAUAUUGACUUUUGUUAAAAGUUUGUAUUUCACAUUUCAAAUAUAUAUACUUUUAUGGAUAACUUCAA